AUGAGCGGAUACAACAACCAGACACGAGGCUACGGCCAGAUUGACCACUACUCCGGCUCUGGACACCCCGGUAACGGGUAUAACCAAGAUGUCGAAGCCGGCCACAACAAUUAUGAAAUGUCCCAAUACAACCAGCCACGCCCUCAAGAUCCCAACGCUAUCCUAAACCAGUGCAGAGAUGUUGACCGUGGAAUCGAUGAUGUAAACCGAUAUGUUGACCAGCUUAGCACCCUCUACCGCCGUUUGCUCAGCGAUGUCGACCCUGCUCGUGAAAAUGCCCUCCGAGAAGAAGUCGAAGACCUUGCCAACCAGACGAAGCGCCUUUAUCGUAACUUGGUCGACCGAGUCAAGUCUAUCAAGCAGAUGCCAGAAUCCGGAAGCCCACGUAACUCCUCCCAGGUUGGAAAAGUUGAACGUAGCUUGAAGGCAGCCAUCACACGAUACCAGCAAGUUCAGGCCGAUUUCCGAAAAGAGUCCGAGUCGCAAAUGGCCCGACAGUACCGUAUUGUUCGACCGGAUGCAACAGAUGCCGAGGUUAGAGAGGCCGUUCAGGAUAGCUCGAACCAGCAGAUCUUCAGCCAGGCUUUGAUCCAAAGUGACCGCCGUGGAGAUGCCCAAAAGGUGUCGCAAAUGGUUCGGGCCAGACACGAGGAGAUCCAGAAGAUUGAACGAGACUUUGUCGAAUUGACACAGAUGUUCCACGAUCUUGAGGCUAUGGUUGUUCAACAAGAAGAACCCAUUGCUCACAUCGACCAGACCGGUGAAGAAGUGCGGGAGAACGUCGACAAGGCCAAUGAAGAGAUUAAGGGCGCCAUUGAUUCCGCCCGUGCUCGUAACAGAAAGAAGUGGUGGUGUCUUCUCAUCUGUCGUAAGUACAUGAAUCUCUCCCUUGGAGUUUGCCAAAUUAUACUAAUUCCAUCUUUCCGCAGUCCUUAUCAUCAUCAUCAUUGUUGUCGUCAUUGUCGUUGUCGUUGUUAUACAAAAGAAGUAGGGUUGCUACCACUUACCUCUACUUACGUCUCAUUAUACACACCGAUGGCCAGAGUAUAUGGCUUUUCACCCCUCCGACCCGACCCUCCGCGAAAAUAUCUCUCUUCCCUUUGUACAUGUGCUUAUACCCUUCAACCAGUAUUGUAA